UGAUGGAUAGUCAUCUCGCUGGUGAACAUCUUUUCAGUAAUUGCUAUUUUUAGUCCGUCUAGCGGCUCAUCGACAACUUCCGUCGUCGGUGUUCGAACUGACGGAAGAGGGGAGAGGGACCACCAAUUAUGGUUUCUCUCGGCGGGGAGGGCGCGUUUCCUCCUGGCUCAACCGUACAUUUUAAGACCGCCCUGGGAGCUUCUCUUCAAGCACAAGUCGUUUGCUUCGAUCCAGCGCUUAAGGUCCUUGUUGUGCGUGACACUUCGAGUGGAAAAGCGACCGUGCGAAUGUUCAACAUAGCACUCAUAAGCGAGAUCAGAGAAAUAGCGGGACCAGCUAAUGGUGACACGCUUGAAACCAUGUUUUCUCCUAGCUCAAUGAGUAAUCAACAGGUAAAUGACCGAAGUGCGAUUGCUGAAAAUCGUCGUUGCAUUGAAGCGAUGGAGACCGAUGUGCCUUUGGAAGGACAGCGAGCGUUCAUACAACUUCGACGAACUCUCGAUGAUGUUCGUUGGAGAGGAGAAGAUAUCUCAGUCCUUGAACGCGUCGUAGUCCGACCACCAUACACCCCUGAAAGUGCUGCUGCAUUGCAUGAAGGCGACUCACAGGCUCAGUCCGCUUUAAUGCACGUGCGGAAAAUCCUCUCAAAACCAUUUGUGCCCGAAGUAAGGCUGACGCCAUGCUGUGAUGCUCCAGAAGACAAUGGAGAAAUCUGA